AUGUCAGGAUACCCGGGAGGUCACUAUGAUGAUGGCUACGGCCAUCCUCAUGGUGAUUCCUAUUACCAAGACGAACACGGUCAAGGGUACUAUGACCCCAAUGACUAUGGCGAUGGCUACUACGAUCAACAUGGAUACUACCCGACUGAGGGCUAUGGCCACGAGGCUGGUUACUACGACGGCCAGCAGGAUGGCUACUACGGCGAGCCGUACUACGACGGAGGUAAUGGCCAUCAGAGCUACGGCGGUGGUCGACGCAGGGGUGAUUCCGAGGAUGAGUCCGAGACCUUCAGUGAUUUCACCAUGAGAUCCGAGACUGCUCGCGCCGCAGACAUGGACUACUACGGCCGGGGGGAUGAUCGCUAUAACAGCUAUGCCGAUAGCCAGUACGGUGGUCGGGGAUACAGCUACCGCCCCCCAUCCUCGCAAGUCUCCUACGGCGCCAACCGAUCCUCCGGUGCCUCGACGCCCGUGUAUGGCAUGGACUAUGGAAAUGCCUUGCCGCCCGGUCAGCGCUCUCGCGAACCUUACCCGGCUUGGUCGUCGGAUGCCCAGGUGCCGGUUUCCAAGGAAGAGGUCGAAGACAUCUUCCUUGAUCUCGUCAACAAAUUUGGUUUCCAGCGGGACAGCAUGCGAAACAUGUACGACCACUUGUUGACUUUGCUCGACUCGCGUGCCUCUCGUAUGACCCCCAACCAGGCCUUGCUUUCUCUGCACGCCGACUACAUUGGCGGUGACAAUGCCAACUAUCGUCGCUGGUACUUCGCUGCUCACUUGGAUCUCGACGAGGCGGUCGGCUUUGCCAACAUGAAUCUCGGAAAGGCGGACCGCAAGACGCGGAAGGCCCGCAAGGCCGCCAAGAAGGCCGCGCAGGAGAACCCCGAAAACGUUGACGAGACUCUCGAGGCUUUGGAGGGUGACAACAGCUUGGAAGCGGCUGAGUACAGAUGGAAGACUCGCAUGAACCGCAUGUCACAGCACGACCGGGUCCGUCAGCUGGCUCUGUAUCUGAUGUGCUGGGGUGAAGCUAACCAGGUUCGGUUCCUGCCGGAGUGUCUCUGCUUCAUCUUCAAGUGCGCCGACGACUACUACCAAACCCCUGAAUGCCAGAACCGCGUGGAGCCUGUUGAGGAAUUUACCUACCUCAAUGAGGUGGUCACUCCCCUGUACCAGUACUGCCGCGACCAGUGUUAUGAGAUCGUGGACGGCAAGUACGUCCGUCGGGAACGUGAUCACAACAAGGUCAUUGGUUACGAUGACAUGAACCAGCUCUUCUGGUACCCCGAAGGUAUCGAGCGGAUCAAGCUCGAGGACAAGACCCGCCUGGUGGACAUCCCUAUUGGCGAGCGAUGGACCAAACUGAAGGAUGUCAACUGGAACAAGGCAUUCUUCAAGACUUACAAGGAGACUCGUUCGUGGUUCCACAUGGUGACCAAUUUCAACCGUAUCUGGGUUAUCCAUCUGGGAUGUUUCUGGUUCUUCACGGCCUACAACGCUCCGACCAUCUACACCAAGAACUACCAGCAACAAUUGGACAACAAGCCCCCUGGUGCCUACUACUGGUCUGCAGUCGGAUUUGGCGGUGCUCUGGUUUCCUUCAUUCAGGUUAUGGCUACGAUCUGCGAAUGGCUCUACGUUCCACGCCGAUGGGCUGGUGCGCAGCACCUGAGCAAGCGUCUGAUGUUCCUUCUCGGCAUGCUCAUCAUUAACCUGGCUCCCGGUGUCUUCGUCUUCGGUUGGGGUAACCAGGUCAAGGACCCAAUUCCCCUGAUCAUUGGUAUCGUUCACUUCUUUGUCGCUUUGGCUACGUUCGUCUUCUUCGCCGUCAUGCCUCUGGGCGCGCUCUUCGGUAAUUAUAUGAAGAAGCACGGCCGUCAGUAUGUUGCCAGCCAGACGUUCACUGCCAGUUUCCCGCGUCUCCAAGGAAACGACAUGUGGAUGUCCUACGGUCUCUGGAUUUGUGUCUUUGGCGCCAAGUUGUCGGAAUCGUACUUCUUCUUGACGCUGUCGUUCAAGGACCCAAUUCGGAUUCUGUCGCCCAUGGCUCUGAAGAAGUGUAUUGGUAUUAAAUACGUCGGAGAUGUCCUGUGCUACAAGCAGCCUCAGAUCUUGCUCGGUCUCAUGUUCUUCAUGGAUCUGACGCUUUUCUUCCUGGACAGUUACCUCUGGUACGUUAUCUGUAACACGGUUUUCUCGGUCGCCCGGUCGUUCUACCUUGGUGUCUCGAUCUGGUCGCCUUGGAGAAACAUCUUCUCCCGUCUGCCAAAACGUAUCUACUCCAAGGUUCUCGCCACAACCGACAUGGAGAUCAAGUACAAGCCAAAGGUCUUGAUCUCGCAAGUUUGGAACGCCAUAAUCAUCUCCAUGUACCGUGAGCACCUGUUGGCCAUUGACCAUGUCCAGAAGCUCCUGUACCACCAGGUGCCCUCCGAACAGGAAGGCAAGCGGACCCUCCGUGCCCCUACCUUCUUCGUUUCCCAGGAAGACCAGUCAUUCAAGACGGAGUUCUUCCCGGCCGGCAGUGAGGCUGAGCGUCGUAUCUCUUUCUUCGCCCAGUCUCUCUCCACUCCCAUGCCCGAGCCCUUGCCGGUUGACAACAUGCCCACGUUCACCGUCCUGAUCCCUCACUACAGCGAAAAGAUUUUGUUGUCCCUUCGUGAGAUCAUUCGUGAGGAUGAGCCUUACUCUCGUGUCACCCUGCUGGAAUACCUGAAGCAGUUGCACCCUCACGAGUGGGAUUGCUUCGUCAAGGACACCAAGAUCUUGGCCGACGAGACUUCCCAGUUCAACGGCGAACCCGAGAAGAACGAAAAGGAUGUGGCCAAGAGCAAGAUCGACGAUCUGCCCUUCUACUGUAUCGGUUUCAAGUCGGCUGCUCCUGAGUACACUCUUCGUACCCGUAUCUGGUCUUCUCUCCGUUCGCAAACUCUGUACCGUACCAUCUCUGGUUUCAUGAAUUACAGCCGGGCUAUCAAGCUUCUCUACCGUGUGGAGAACCCGGAGGUCGUUCAGAUGUUCGGUGGCAACUCUGAAAAGCUCGAACGUGAACUCGAGAGAAUGGCUCGCCGCAAAUUCAAGAUCUGUGUCUCCAUGCAGCGUUACGCCAAGUUCAACAAGGAGGAGCGUGAGAACACCGAAUUCCUUCUCCGUGCCUACCCUGACUUGCAAAUUGCCUAUCUCGAUGAAGAGCCACCGGCGAAUGAGGGUGAGGAGCCCCGUCUCUACUCGGCCUUGAUUGACGGUCACUGUGAACUGCUCGAGAACAACAUGCGCAAGCCCAAGUUCAGGAUUCAGCUCUCUGGUAACCCCAUUCUCGGUGACGGAAAGUCGGACAACCAGAACCAUGCCAUCAUCUUCUACCGUGGCGAGUACAUCCAGCUCAUCGAUGCCAACCAAGACAACUAUCUCGAAGAGUGCUUGAAGAUCCGUAGCGUUCUUGCCGAAUUCGAAGAGUUGACCACGGACAACGUCUCUCCUUACACCCCCGGUAUUCCCACGGCCAACACCAACCCCGUUGCCAUUCUUGGUGCUCGUGAAUACAUUUUCUCUGAGAACGUCGGUGUUCUUGGUGACGUCGCGGCCGGAAAGGAACAGACGUUCGGUACCUUGUUCGCUCGUACUCUCGCCCAGAUCGGUGGUAAACUGCACUAUGGUCACCCUGAUUUCCUGAACGGUGUUUUCAUGACGACUCGUGGAGGUGUCUCCAAGGCUCAGAAGGGAUUGCACCUGAACGAAGAUAUCUACAUUGGUAUGAACGCUAUUCUCCGGGGUGGUCGGAUCAAGCACUGCGAGUACUUCCAGUGUGGUAAAGGUCGUGAUCUUGGUUUUGGUUCCAUUCUCAACUUCACCACCAAGAUUGGUACUGGUAUGGGUGAGCAGAUGCUUUCCCGAGAAUACUACUACCUUGGUACUCAGCUGCCCCUUGACCGUUUCCUGUCGUUCUACUUCGCCCAUCCUGGUUUCCACAUCAACAACAUGUUCAUUAUGUUGUCGGUGCAAAUGUUCAUGAUCGUCUUGAUCAACUUGGGAGCGUUGAGACACGAGACCAUUACCUGCAAGUAUAACUCUGACCUGCCCAUUACGGAUCCUCUGCGCCCGACCUACUGUGCCAACCUGACUCCAGUCAUUGACUGGAUCAACCGUUGCGUUAUCUCCAUUUUCAUUGUUUUCUUCAUUUCGUUCGUGCCCCUGGCUGUUCAGGAGUUGACGGAGAGGGGUCUCUGGCGUAUGGCUAUGCGUCUGGCAAAACACUUUGGAUCGUUCUCCUUCAUGUUCGAAGUGUUUGUCUGUCAAAUCUACGCCAACGCUGUGCACCAGAACUUGUCCUUCGGUGGUGCCCGUUAUAUUGGUACUGGUCGUGGUUUCGCUACGGCGCGUAUUCCGUUUGGUGUCCUGUACUCGCGUUUCGCCGGUCCUUCGAUCUACACCGGUGCCCGUCUGUUGCUGAUGCUCCUGUUCUCGACAUCCACCGUUUGGACGGCAUCUCUUCUUUGGUUCUGGGUCUCCCUGCUCGCGCUGUGUAUCUCGCCCUUCCUGUUCAACCCUCACCAGUUCGCUUGGCACGACUUUUUCAUCGACUACCGUGACUAUCUGCGCUGGCUGUCCCGUGGUAACUCUCGUACCCACCAGUCUUCUUGGAUCGGCUUCUGCCGUCUAUCCCGUACCCGUAUCACCGGUUACAAGCGUAAGCUGCUCGGUGUUCCAUCGGAGAAAGGCGCUGGUGACGUGCCAAGGGCGCGCAUUUCCAACGUCUUCUACAGCGAAAUCUUCGUCCCUCUGAUCUUGGUCGGUGUCACCAUUAUCCCGUACUUUUACAUCAAUUCCAGGACCGGUAUUGAGAAGACAACAAACGAGAAAAACCAAUCUGACCCUAUCUUGCGUAUCGCCAUCGUUGCAUUCGGUCCUAUUGCUAUCAACGCUGGUGUGUCGGGUGCCUUCUUCGGUAUGGCCUGUUGUAUGGGCCCUCUCUUCAGCAUGUGCUGCAAGAAGUUUGGUGCCGUUCUCGCUGCCAUCGCCCACGCUAUUGCUGUGAUCGUCCUCCUUGCCAUUUUCGAGGUUAUGUUCUUCCUUGAGGGAUGGUCCUGGCCUCGUUGUGUUCUCGGCAUGAUUGCCAUGAUUGCCAUUCAGCGGUUCAUCUACAAGCUGAUCAUUUGCUUGGCAUUGACUCGUGAGUUCAAGCACGAUCAGUCCAACAUCGCCUGGUGGACCGGAAAAUGGUACAGCAUGGGUUGGCACUCCAUCUCGCAGCCCGGCCGUGAGUUCUUGUGUAAGAUCACCGAACUGGGUUACUUCUCUGCCGACUUUGUUCUGGGUCACCUUCUUCUUUUCCUCAUGUUGCCGGCUCUCUGCGUUCCCUUCGUGGACAAGUUCCACUCUGUCUGUUUGUUCUGGUUGCGGCCAAGUCGUCAAAUCCGUCCUCCGAUUUACUCCCUGAAGCAGUCGAAGCUCCGGAAGAGAAGAGUUAUCCGCUUUGCCAUUCUCUACUUCACGAUGCUCAUUCUUUUCCUUGUCCUGCUUGUUGUGCCCCUGGUCGCUCGCAAGUACAAGGCCGCAUUGGGUCUUGACUCUGAUCCUCUGUCGAGCGUCGCUGGUGGUGGUCUGUUGCAACCUCUCGACGUCCACAACAACAACACCAUCGACGGGUACACUGGUAGCAACCUGCCGGCUGGCAUGCAGCCGAUCACCAGCGGUUUUGGCGCGCCCACUCCCUCUGGUUCCGCAAGUUCUUAA